AUGAGCGCCAAAUUUCUAGUGACUGUUGCCUCCGGUGCGUCCGGAGUCGUGAUUCUCGCAUGCCUCGUCAUGGUUGGCGUCCUCUUCCAGGACAUCAACAACUUGUACGACGAUGUUAUGGAUGACAUGACUGAGUUCAGACUUACUGCCAAUGAGGCCUGGAAGGAUAUGCUUGUUCAAGCUCCAACUGUUCGCCCAGUUGAUGCUAACACCAUCUUCGGACGUAACAAGAGAUCCGGUGGACAGUGCGGAUGCGCCGCCCAGCCAAACAACUGCCCAGCUGGACCACCAGGACCACCAGGAGAGCCAGGACUCCCAGGAGAGGACGGAGCUCCAGGACAAGCCGGAAAGGACGGAGUCAACGGAAUCGCUAUUAUUGGACCCAAGGACAACGCAGGAUGCAUUAAGUGCCCAGCCGGAGAACCAGGACCAGCUGGACCAGACGGACCAGCUGGAGCCCCAGGACCUGAUGGACAGCCAGGAGCACCAGGACCAGACGGACAGCCAGGAGCGCCAGGAGCCCCAGGACCACAAGGAGACGCCGGAGCACCAGGAGCCCCAGGACAGAACGGAGAAGCCGGAGCACCAGGAAAGAACGGACAGCGCGGACAAGGAGCCCCAGGACCAGCCGGACCAGCGGGACCAGCCGGAGCCCCAGGACAAAACGGAGCGCCAGGACAAGACGGUGCUCCAGGACAAGCGGGACCAGCGGGACCAGCUGGUGCUCCAGGAAAAGACGGACAGCCAGGAGCUCCAGGAGCCCCAGGAGAGGCUGGAGGCCCAGGAAUUCCAGGAAAAGACGCCGCUUAUUGCCCAUGCCCACCAAGAACUGCCGCCGUCGAGUCGCAGCCAGCUGCCACCGGCGGAUACCGACGCCGUUUCAGCCAUGUCUAA